UCGCCAGAUACGACCCAUGGAAGCGCUCUCCAUCAACGACGUCACGCCUGUGGCGAUCGACGACGCGACGGCCCCGGGCCUCGCCCAGCACAAGACCGCCAUCCAGGGCCUCUUCAAGCGCCGCCGCGUCCGCGUCAAGGAGCUCCUCGCCGCAGGCCUCUCGACCGUCGGCCACACGGUGACGGUCAAGGGCUGGGCCAAGACGCUGCGCGAAGCUGGCGCCGGCGCCUUCGCCUUCCUCGAGCUCAACGAUGGCUCGUGCUUUACGGGCCUCCAGAUCGUGGUCGCCAAGGACGUGCCGGGCUUUGAGGCGCUCAUCAACUCGGGCGGCACUGGCGCGAGCUUUUGCGUUGUUGGCACUGUGGUCGAGAGCCCGGCCAAGGGCCAGCUCAUCGAGGUCAAGGCCACCGAGGUGACGCUCUACGGCGACGUCGCGGACCCCUCGACGUACGCGCUCUCGAAGAAGCGCCACACGCUCGAGCAUCUGCGCGAGCACGCGCAUCUGCGCCCGCGCUCCAACAUCCACUCGGCGGCGAUGCGCGUGCGUAACGCGAUGGCCCAGGCGACGCACUCGUUCUUCAACGAGCGCGGCUUCCUCUACAUCCACACGCCGCUCAUCACGGCGUCCGACUGCGAAGGCGCUGGCGAGAUGUUUGCCGUCACGACGCUCUUCAACCACGUCAAGGACGGCAACGUGCCCAAGACGGCCGACAACAAGGCGAUCGACUUCUCCAAGGACUUCUUUGGCAAGCCGUCGUACCUCACGGUGUCCGGUCAGCUGAACGUCGAGACGCACUGCUGCGCGCUCUCGGACUGCUACACGUUUGGCCCGACGUUCCGCGCCGAGAACUCCAACACGGCGCGCCACCUCGCCGAGUUUUGGAUGAUCGAGCCGGAAAUCGCGUUCGCCGACCUCAGCGACGACAUUGACCUCGCGGAAGACUACCUCAAGUACUGCGCGCAGUACGCGCUCGACAACUGCGCCGAGGACCUUGCGUUCUUCGACAAGAACGUCGAGAAGGGCCUCCUCGAGCGCCUCCAGUCGACGAUCGCGUCGCCCUUUGUGCGUCUCUCGUACACGGACGCGAUCGAGCUCAUCAACAAGCCCGAGAACCUCAAGAAGGGCAAGUUUGAGAAGAAGCCCAAGUGGGGCGACGACCUCGGCUCGGAGCACGAGCGUUUUAUCACGGAGCAGAUCUACAAGAAGCCGGUCGUCUUGUACGACUACCCGAAGGAGAUCAAGGCGUUCUACAUGCGCUUGAACGACGACGGCAAGACGGUCGCGGCCGCCGACGUCCUUGUGCCCAAGAUUGGCGAGAUCAUUGGCGGCUCGCAGCGCGAAGAGCGCCUCGACGUCCUCGAAGCGCGCAUCAAGGAAGCCACGGGCCACGAUCCCGCCGAGUACGGCUGGUACUGCGACCUCCGCCGCUACGGCACGGUGCCGCACGCCGGCUUUGGCUGCGGCUUUGAGCGCCUCGUGCGCUUCGUCACGGGCAUUGAGAACAUCCGCGACGUCAUCCCGUUCCCGCGCUGGCCCUCGAACGCGUCGUUCUAAACAACCCUCUUCUUACGACGCAUGACUACACUCCUUUGUAUAAUCACAUCCUGUCUUAUGGCUCAUCGUA